UUUACCUACACACACCUGGUCACACUUCUCGGUUUUAAACAAAAAAAAAUAAUUAUCAAAAAUCUAUUGCCGAUAUUUUUCUUCUGUUAGAAUUUAAAGUUUUUAAUUUUCAAAAAAUGGCAAUUGUUUUAUUUAUGGGAAGUGGAGAGAGCGGCGAAGAGCUGAUAUGUAGAAGAAGAAUAAUGGAUGCAUCAAAUCCAUUCGAGAUUGAAAGUUCAAAAUUUAUAAGAAAUUUUCGGCUCAAUAAAAGUGCCUUUAAGUACGUGUUGGACGAGCUAACCACCGAAGUUCAAAGACGCACAUCUUUGUCUAUUCCUCCCAUCAUAAUGCUAGCGACAACUUUGCGGUUUGUUGCAGAAGGAGGGUAUCAAUUUGGGGUAGGCAAAGAUCGCAGUAUCAAACUAUCCCAAUCAUCUGUUUCAAACUGCAUACAAAAGGUGACAUCUGCUUUGGAAUCAAAACUUUGCCCCAAAUGGAUAAAUUUUAAGGCCGAUGAAAGAGAAAAGGAAGUAACAAGAGGACAUUUUUACCGAAAGUAUGGAUUUCCUGGAGUGAUCGGUUGCGUUGAUGGUACGCACGUUGCUAUCAAGCCUCCUCCACCAGAAAUAAGGCAUUUAUUCUAUAAUAGAAAGGGGUUCUAUAGCUUAAAUGUUUUAAUUAUCUGUGACGAAAAAAUGCAAAUAAGGUAUAUAGAUGCCUCUCACCCAGGUGCAACACAUGACGCUUUAGCCUGGAAAGUAUCUUCUGUGCGAAACUAUCUUCUGCAACAGUAUGCUGGAGGAGCACAAACAAAUUCCUGGCUGCUAGGUGACGCGGGAUAUCCCCAAGAACCGUGGCUUAUGACACCAUAUCGCACACCAGAGAGCGGAACUUCUAAAAGCAGAUACAACAUUCAACAUUCCAAGGCACGCAAUAUUAAUGAGAGAACUAUUGGUUUACUAAAGAAUCGAUUCAGAUGCUGUCUUAAGGCUAGGCAGUUGCAUUACUCAGCAGAAAAGGCUGCCCAAAUAGUAAACGUUUGCGCAGCCUUGCACAACAUCUGUAUUCAUUUCAAAGUUGCAGAUAAUGCUGAAAAUUUGCAUAUGAUUGAAGAUGUCAUAGAAAAUGGGCUUAAUGAUGUGGAUGUUGAAAAUGAUGGUAUUUACAUUCAAGAAGCUAGAAAUGCUCGUGACAGAAUCGCUGCAUUAUUUUAA